AUGGGGUUUCUUUGGCGACGACGGGUUCCAGCCGCAAACCAGGAUAAUUCAAAAACCUUCCCGACCGGUAUCAAACUAUUAUACGCCCCAGAUAAUGGAGAAAUCGACAUCAUCUUCAUCCACGGUCUUACCGGCGAUCGCGAUGCGACGUGGACUGCUAGUGACGCGACCGACCCCUGGCCCAAAACCCUCCUACCACCUGCAAUUCCGACAGCCCGCGUCCUUACAUUUGGAUACGAUGCAAAUGUUGCCGACUGGAAAGGAGUUGUGUCGCAGAGUCGCAUCGCCAACCACGCGGGGAACCUGCUAACAGCUCUGUCAACGUACCGAGAGAACGACGACACGAAUGAACGACCGAUCAUAUUUGUCUGUCAUAGCUUAGGAGGAUUGGUCUGCGAGGAUGCCUUGCUCGCAUCCAACCAACGCCCAGAGCGACACCUCAGUAAUAUCCUCCAUUCCACCUGCGGUAUUAUCUUUCUCGGCACACCUCAUCAUGGAUCUGGCCUUGCUAGAUGGGCUGAGGCCUUGUCCCGCUCCAUCGGCCUCGUCAAAAAGACGAAUUCCAAAAUAGUCGGUGUCCUCAAACGUGAUUCAGAGGUGCUUGCGCGAAUUCAAGACGGCUUUCACACAAUGGUCAAGGCACGAAGUGCACACAGUUUGCCGCCGAUUGAAAUCACUUGCUUCUACGAAGAAAUGCCUUUGCCGGGUAUUGGUUUAGUUGUGCCACAGGAUUCGGCAAUCCUGCCAGGCUACAUCCCGAUCGGAAUCCACGGCAAUCAUAUGGAUAUGACCAAAUUCGCCAGUUCGGCCGACCCUGGGCUUUUGGCGGUUUGUGGAGAGAUGAGACGGUGGAUUAAAGACCUAAAGACAAGCAGCAAAUACCAUUCGAAUCAACCACAGGCGGGCUCUACUCUGGAUGAGCAGCCGGGUUCCGCCAAGCAGUACGGUGAAAACAAUCGUCAGUACAAUACCUCCGGGGGCAUGCGGCAAAUUGAGGCCAGUUCUUACUAUGAGGUCCAUGGUGAUCAGCAUCAGCAAUUCGUACACAAUCAUUUUGAAGCCAAGGAAAUCGCGAAGUCCUAUUAUGUGAUCCCCUUCCCCCGAAACGAGGAUAUGGUCGACCGCACCGCUAUCAUCGCCAAGCUCAACCCCUUCUUUCAGUCCACUGAAUCCCAUAGCGCUGCCCUUUGGGGUCUCGGCGGAUCCGGGAAAACCCAGGUAGCGCUUGAACUCGCCUGGCGCCAAAGUCAAAGCAAGGACCCUGUGUGUUCCGUCUUUUGGGUCCAUGCCGAUAACCAGGCGACGUUCACUCAGGAUUACAAGGCUAUCGCGGGCAAGCUAGGCCUCCCAGACGAUCUCGACGGUGAAAAGCUUCUCACAGCAGUGCGCGACCGUAUUGAGAGCCAGCCACGAUGGCUGCUUGUUCUCGACAAUGCCGACGAUCUAGCAGUCUUCGGUGUUAGCCGGAGAGAGGAAUCCGCGGAGAAACUCUCAAGCCUAGCCAGCUACGUACCAAAAGGUGCUAGCGGAAAGGUGCUGUGGACAAGCCGCGAUGAACAGAUCGUUGGUACCCUUGUCGGUGCGCAGUGUGGUAUCCAAGUCGGCCGUAUGAGUACUGACGAGGCGAUCCGUCUCCUUGGAAAUUUGAAGAACGGUCAAGGCGAGGCAAGCAGUGAAGAAGACAGCGACGCAAGAAAAUUGCUUGAAGAGCUCCAGUGGCUACCACUAGCCAUUUCACAGGCCGGUGCAUUUAUGAGGCGAAGAUCAAUGCCAGUACGGCAGUAUCUAUCUCGACUAUUAGAAGGACAGGAGCGAUGGCGGAUCCUCAAAGCGGAGCAGUUCGAUCGGCACCGACGGCCUGAUGUUCCGAACAGUGUUUUAGAGACGUGGAGCAUAUCCGUCGAGCGCAUCCGGGAGGAAGACGAACUGGCGUAUAGGAUCCUCCAGGUCAUUGCGUACGUCAACAACCAAAACAUCCCGAUCGAGCUUAUGGCGGCAGUGGAUACUCUGGGCAACGAGGGACAGGAGCCUUGGUCAUAUGAGAGCCAAGACCUAUUCAUGGAAUCUAUCACGCGGCUAAGAGAGUUUUCAUUUCUCAGUGUACGUGAGGGAAAAGAUGGGACUGUGCAGCAGUACGACAUACAUAAACUUGUACAAGAGGCUACACGAUACGGGCUCAGUGUGAGGAGCACUGAAAACGCGGCAUACUUCCCAAAUGUGGCGCUCCAGAUUGUGGCAAGCCUCUUUCCUGAUUCGAACCCUAAGACGUGGCGAAAAUGUGAGAAGUACGUUACCCAUGCGGUGGAAUUGGGCAAGUGGGCAGAGGUCUGUAAGAGGGGGAGAGAGGUAUCGGAUCUUUUGACCCAGGUUUCGGGGUAUUUCUACGACUGUGGUAGGUGGAUAGAUAAGCAGCCGGUCGAUGAGAGGGCGUACGAACUACGGCAGCAGGUACUCGGUGAGGAACAUCCCGACACGAUCCAGAGUUUAGCAAACCUUGCGUCUACCUACCACGCACAGGGCCGGUAUAGCGAGGCCGAGCCGAUGGACGUCAAGGCCCUAGCCCUACGGCAGCAGGUGCUCGGCGAGGAACAUCCCGAUACGAUCCAGAGUUUAGCAAACCUUGCGGCUACCUACCACGCACAGGGCUGGUAUAGCAAGGCCGAGCCGAUAGACGUCAAGGCCCUAGCCCUACGGCAGCAGGUGCUCGGCGAGGAACAUCCCGACACAAUCCAGAGUUUAGCAGACCUUGCGUCUACCUACCACGCACAGGGCUGGUAUAGCGAGGCCGAGCCGAUAGAGGUUAAGGCCCUAGCCCUACGGCAGCAGGUACUCGGCGAGGAACAUCCCCACACGAUCCAGAGUUUAGCAGACCUUGCGUCUACCUACUCCGCACAGGGCCGGUAUAGCGAGGCCGAGAUGAUAGAGGUUAAGGCCCUAGCCCUACGGCAGCAGGUGCUCGGCGAGGAACAUCCCGAUACGAUCGAGAGUUUAGCAAACCUUGCGGCUACCUACUACGCACAGGGCUGGUAUAGCAAGGCCGAGCCGAUAGAGGUUAAGGCCCUAGCCCUACGGCAGCAGGUACUCGGCGAGGAACAUCCCGAUACGAUCCGGAGUUUAGCAAACCUUGCGUCUACCUACCACGCACAGGGCCGGUAUAGCGAGGCCGAGCCGAUGGGGGUCAAGGCCCUAGCCCUACGGCAGCAGGUGCUCGGCGAGGAACAUCCCGAUACGAUCCGGAGUUUAGCAAACCUUGCGUCUACCUACCACAAACAGGGCCGGUAUAGCGAGGCCGAGCCGAUGGAGGUCAAGGCCCUAGCCCUACGGCAGCAGGUGCUCGGCGAGGAACAUCCCGAUACGAUCCGGAGUUUAGCAAACCUUGCGUCUACCUACCACGAACAGGGCCGGUAUAGCGAGGCCGAGCCGAUGGAGGUCAAAGCCCUAGCCCUACGGCAGCAGGUGCUCGGCGAGGAACAUCCCGAUACGAUCCAGAGUUUAGCAAACCUUGCGGUUACCUACUACGAACAGGGCCGGUAUAGCGAGGCCGAGACGAUGGAGGUCAAGGCCCUAGCCCUACGGCAGCAGGUGCUCGGCGAGGAAUAUCCCGACACCAUCUGGAGUUUAGGAAACCUUGCGACCACCUACUCCACGCAGGGCCGGUAUAAGGAGGUUAAGACGAUGCGGGCCCAGGCCUUGGAGCUACAAGAGCAGGCCAAGGCCUCGGAGGUACAGAAGCAAGUUCUCCGUAGUAAGGAUGCCGAUGCAACUUAG